AUGCAGUGCUCGUGCCAAAGCCAGCCGAUACAGCCAAAUUGCGGAUGCCAACCUGCGGGAGCCGUUGAGCCGAUUCAAGUCACCGCUUUACAGUGCCAACCUGCAUGCCAACAAAGUUGUGCUCAGCAAUGCAGUGGCUCUACGUUGAACACUUGUCAGCAAAACUGUCAGAUUAGUUGUCUGGGUAGCUGUCAGCCACAAGCAAUUCAGCCACUUCCUGUUGUCAACCAAUGCCAACCAUCGUGUGAACAAGUGUGCCAGCAAUCCUGUGUCGCUCAACAACAGCCGGUCACCUACUGCAACAAUGAAUGCCGUUCGCAGUGCUCCAGCUUUUGCAAUGAGCCCGUUCUGAAUGUGCUGCUCAGCGUUCCUCUCGGGCAGCCAAGUAUGCAAUGUCAACCGGCGUGCCAGCAGCAGUGUCAGCAAACUUGUGCGGUUCAGCAGUCUCCUACAGCUUGCAGUAAUCAGUGUCAGGUUCAAUGCACCAACGCCUGUGCUGUGCAAAUGCAAGCUCCUGCUCUUGUUCCUGCUCCAGGUCCUGUUGUGAAUAACCUGCCACCAAUCACGUAUGAUCAGUGUGUUCCUCCAUGUCAACCUCAGCAGCAAGCGGCAGUGCAAUGUGCUCCUGUAUGUCAACCAGCUUGCCAGCCAUCCUGCAUCCAGCAGCAACAAGCAGCUGUACAAUGUACUCCUCAAUGUCAACCAGCUUGUCAACCAUCCUGCAUUCAACAGCAGCAAGUACAGCAACAGCAAAUACCUGUGCAACAGCCCAUCCGUAUCAACGUUCCAGUAUCCCGGCAAGACGUCAACUGCAUGCCUCAAUGCCAGACACAGUGUCAAUCCGUUUGUGCCACCCAGCAAUCAGUCGCGCCAUGUUUGGAUCAGUGUCAAGCGAAAUGUGGCGAAUUCUGCAUAUCUGUCAAUGUUCAGGCUCCAGCUGCAGCUCCUCCAGCCCCUGCUCCAUUUCAAGCUCCGGCUCAAUGUGCUCCAGCAUGUAUGCCAGCUUGUGAAAGCACGUGCAUUGCAGCACAACCAGCAUGUGUACAGCAGUGUCAGGCGCAAUGCGCUCCAGCACAAUCUCCUGCACAAUGUCAGCAAUGUCAAAGCGCUUGUGUAGCUCAGCAAGCUCAAGAACCGCCAGUUAUCCGAGUCGUUCUUCAGCCAAGCAUUGCCCAGUCUGCUCAGUGCCAAACGCAGUGUGAGUCUUCAUGUUCUACACAAUGUGUUCAACAAAGUCAACCAGUAACCACGUGCCAGCCGGCUUGCCAACAGAGCUGCAUGCAGACAUGCUCGCCAUCUUCAGCUACACAGCCCAUUGUCAUGGCUUGUGAACCCGUCACGGGGGUACAGGCACAGCAAACCUGUCAGUGUAGAGUGGGAUACUCACCCUGUAACCGAGGCACACAAUGCUGUCGUCAACGCCGACGUCGAGCUUAG